AUGAGAUGGAAAGAGUUUUAUACAAACCCUGAAGUGGGAUAUAAACAACUUUAUGCAGAUGACGCGAACACAGGAGUUGACCCAGAAUAUGUUUUCUACCAGAGGAGAAACAGAAUGUAUGAGCUCCAGUUAAAGAAUGCUAUGGAACUCAGAAGGAAACGUAAGAGACUAGGCGGACAUUAG